AAAUUACUGAAACCAAAUUUAUUUUUCUGAUAUGAUUUAUUCAUUUGCUUUGUUACUGAUGCUCGUAUCUAUUUGGUGGCGUUCUGUGUACACUAAUUUAUACCUUUUAUGGCUAUUCAACUGAAGAAAUUAGGAAAUGUAUUUAACAUACAAUUUGUUUUGAAGUUGCUAUUGAAAUCGUCUUACUGAUCUACCGCACAACUGAAAGAAGGAAAAGUGAGGACGUGAACUCCGUCCAGUUCACAUGAAAGUGGAAAACACUACUAAAAUCUCAUUGAAUCUUUAUGAGGAUUACUUCUAGCAAGAAAGAGCAACUGGUUUUUUCCUCUUGAAAAUCUUGUUUCUAAUUUAUCAGGCGAUUCAAAUAAUAAAACCUUGUUAUUGAAGGGAUCGAAAGAGAAGUUAUAUUCUGCAACGCGUGAACAAAAUCUCGCAAGCGACAUUCUAGGAGGCGCAAAAUCAACCGUUUUUCAAUGGUGCAGAGCCUGACCACGAGCCUCCGCCUUCCAUAGUGGCUGGUGUGGGUACUUCCAGUUUCCACAGAAUUUCUUGAACGGUUUUGACGACGAUGAUUGUGGCGCUCACAAUACUUUUGGCCAGCCACCUUCGCAAAGCGAUUGGAUGAGAGGUAGCGUUCAGGUGAGGAGGAAAGAGAUGCUGCAGAGGCCAAGAGGAAGAGGGCGCGAUUCUAACGGCGGUUGUGUUUGUGAUGGCGUUAGUAAAAAGGACUAAAUUUUCUUACUGAAGAAGAAAUUGGCACCGAUAUCAGCCCUAAUUUACCAUUGUCAUCAUCACAAUUUCGUUGCAUCGUUGCACUGCUUCGCUGCUUUGAUUGUUUCGAUCCAAUUUGAAACUUGUCGAAAUCGCUCGAUGGCAGCGAGCUCUUCACUGCCCCGUGAUAUUCAGAAGUUCGGAUAUCCUUGGCCGGAAUUCAACGACGGUCUCUUUUACAACGACAUCGUGCGACCCUCCGAUUCUGGCUUGACAUUGUUGGAGUUCUACUCGAGCAAGUACAAGAGUUCAGCUCCCUUGCAAGGUUGGUUGCAGCGUUUUCAGAGUGAGCAGAUAACAGUAGAUGGAAAAGUUGUUACAGAUCCCAACACAGUCCUCAGAGUUGGCUCAGAGUUAGUCUAUCAUAGGCUUCCAUGGAAGGAACCUAAUGCACCAUACAUGAUUGAAGUUUUGCAUGAAGAUGAUGACUUGAUUGCUCUGAAUAAGCCUUCUGGCCUGCAAGUUCUACCUGGAGGUCUUUUCCAACAAAGGACAGUUUUAACACAGCUCCGGUGGCAAGCAAACAAUCAGGGAACAUAUGUGGCAUGCCAGGGGUCUCACCCUAUUCCAGUACAUCGGUUGGGUAGGGGAACUUCAGGAAUUUUACUAUGUGCAAAGACAAAGCUAGCUAAAGCUCGACUUGCAUCAUAUUUUGCCGAUGGAACAUCUCAUAUUGAGGGAAACAGAGAUUCCAACAAGGAGAUUGGGAAAAUUGCAAAGAUUUAUCGGGCCCUUGUAAGUGGGAUCGUUGACAAUGAUAAGGUGAUUAUCAAGCAGCCAAUUGGAACAAUAAAAUAUCCUGGUGUUGCUAAAGGGCUGUACGUUGCUUCUCCGUCAGGAAAACCAGCUCUCAGUGUAGUGGAUGUGCUAGAAAGAAAUAUACAAGGAAACUGCACAUUGGUCCAGGUUCGGAUACAAUCUGGAAGGCCACACCAAAUCCGCAUUCAUCUGUCUUUCAUAGGGCAUCCUCUAGUAGGCGAUCCGCUAUAUGCAGUUGGUGGGCAGCCUAAUUGCUUUGACUACAAUGUUCCCGAUGAGAUAUUUGCUGAAGAUGGGGGUUACCAAAAACCUACUCAGCCUGUUCCUGGAGACUGUGGUUACCAUCUGCACGCACAUCAGCUGGUCAUUUCCCAUCCCAAAACAAAUGAGCUUAUUGAGAUCAUUGCACCCGUUCCGCCGAUCCUCCAGACACAGGCAGAGGCCAUCAGCGUUAAAUGGAACCCAAGUAGUGAAACUCUGGCAGUUUGAAAACUGUUGAGAUAAAAACUUUCAAUGGGCUUAUACGAUUGACUAUGUAUGAAUCGUCACAAUUUACAAGGUUACAUUCGAAGCCCGCCAGAUGUUAGUAAUAGGUAUGCUCUUUCAAAAAUGGGGUGAUACGUGAUUGUUCGAAAAAGUUGGCACUGACAAAAAGUUUGGUCCGCCUAUUAAUGCACGAUACGCUCAAAACAUUUAAGCAAUAACAAUUUGAGGAAAA